UAACAAUGGUUAAUAUCAGUAGCCUAUGAUACGCUCGAUCGCUUUCACGUGACGUGCUCUUUGUUACAGACUCCACCUCUUUUCUGUGAACGCGCUUUAAGCCGAAUUAGAAAAUCCUGGGUUAACAAAGCUCGCUGAUAUCCAUCUUCAUAACACCGGUUAUCUUUCCCCGUUUCCGUCGCUUUGAUGGCUGUUAGUUAAUGUGAAGCGUGCUCUGACUACCUGUCGCAUUCGUUGAGCUCGGAUUUGUCUCGUUUGACGACCGUGGGUUACGAUUUGAUUACUAAAUCUAGCAUUGAAACAUCUCGGAUAACUGCGCGCACCCGCGCCGCCAUAAAGGGGAGAGCAAUCGCACGCCGAAACAAGGAUCACAAUCCAUGAACACCGACAGAGAUUUCCAGAUGAUGAGGAAAAACGAGAGAGCACAUUUUUUCAGCUCUAAAGAGCAGGAACUCAUUUUGAAGUUGUAUGAAGAAGAGAGAGAGAUAUUAACAGCCAAAUCCAACACUACCAGUGCCUCUAAACUGAGGGAGGAAGCCUGGCAGAGGAUUGCUGAUAAAAUCAAUGUGGUAUCGGACAGCGGCUACAAAAGGACAUGGCAGCAAGUGAAAGUCAAACAUAAAAAUAUUGUGCAAACAGCUAAAAGAAGACAGGCAGAGGUGAUGAGGACGGAGGGCGGGUCAGCAACCCCAUCGCUGACCUCUGCAGAGGAGGAUGUGCUGCAGCACAAAGACAGGCUGAGGGUGGAGGUCCUCCCUGGGGGGGCCUGUAUAGAGCCACUGACUGGAUCUGACAGCUCGUUUAUAAGUGUCUCAGGCCACCCUGUCCUCCUCCUGCCUGUAACAAAGACAGAACCAGAGAGCCUGAGCGGAGAUGAGACAGACGUCAGUGACACUCAGUUUGAAGGGGAUGUGCACAGCUUCCAGGAGAACUCAACGUGUGCUAUGACUGGUGGAACAAGUGCUAAGAGGCAGACAGAAGACUUAAGAGCCCUCUACUGCUGUUACCUCAAGAAGGAGAUAGAGAACCGUGAGCAGCUGAUGGCAUACAGAGCACUAAAAAUGAGGAAGAUGGAGAAAGAAAUUUUAUUACUUGAUAAGCAACUCAUGUGACCAUGUAAAGGAAUGUUUGUUUUUUAUCUUGUCUUAUAAUAUGUUGAAAUAAUAUUUGCUUCGGUCACAUCAUUUGUCGUAUAAACUCAUAUGUUGGUUGGGAAGUUGGAAUGGUGGGCAGCAAUAUCUCCUGCAUACUGGCUGGACUAAAUCAGCAACAAUAUUUGGAUUUUGCAUAAUUAAAAUGUUAGUUUAGAGGAUACUUUACAGGAUAAGGCAACAGAACAGGAGUGUGAGGUCUAUGCUGCUUUUACUCUCACUUCUGCAGACCUUGGUUAUAACAAGUGGUUAUUUGAGUUACUGUUGCCUUUCUAUCAUCUCCAACCAGUCUGACCAUUCUCCUCUGACCUCUGGCAUCAACAAGCCAUCAAGGCUCACUGGAUUUUUACUCUUUUUUCAAGCCAUUCUCUAUAAACCCGAGAGAUGCUUUACAGUAGAUCAUCAGUUUGUGAAAUACUCAGAGCAGCCCGUCUGGCACCAACAACCAUGCCACGUUCACGAGUCAUUUAAAUCGCCUUUCUUCAUCAAUCUGAUGCUCGAUUUGAACUUCAGCAGCUCGUCUUCAACAUGUCUACAUGCUUAAAUGCAUUGAGCUAAAAGGAAUCUCAAUCCUGUCACUCUGUUGCCCCCAAAAAGGUUCGAGGCCCAUGGCAGGCGGAGCCGCUGUGUGAACUCUUUGCCCUGCUGGAGGAUUCCUUUACCACAUGAGUUACUGUGCAUUGACACACUUCCUGUACUCCAGCACAUUGGAUUUUAAAUGAAUGAUUUAAACAAUGAAUGGCGUAAAAUUGAGGGUGCUUAACUCCACAUCACAUGAGCAGGGUCAUUUUCUGACACAGUACUUGGACGGCUCAACUAUAAGAAAGUCAUUAUAUUGCAUGUAUGGUUGCUAAUCCAAUGCAUUCAAUGACAUUUAGAGGUCUGGAACUGACAUUAUCUUCUACGCUGAGGCUCUGCCACACCUGUGCUGCUGCCAUUUUUACUUCAUGUUUAUUUGAGAUCAGGUGACUAACUUGGGUAGUCGAGACCAGUUUUUGGUGGCCUUGUACUAUUAGGACACAUUGUGGUCAAGCAGACAUAACUUUGAUUAUGUAAAAACUGGUUUCCCCAGCCAGCAGGAUAUAUGAUACUUUAUCCUCUGCAUUAGAAAAAAAUGGCAAUUCUAAUCUACCUGUACAUUUACACUGUGAAAGAGCUUUCUAUAAUGUCUCUUUAAAAUAACUGGCAUUGGUUGAUUUUCAUUUCAAAUGUAUUUAUUUUAAUGAUCAAAUGUUUGCCUUAUGUUACAAUUGUAUGCAAGGAAAGAACUGAAAAGCAUUGUUUUAAACCUCAAAUCUAUAAUUGCUCUUGAAUUAUUCAAAACUAACCUUUGUCAUGUUAUUAUGUUUAGUAUAAUUAUGAAUUGCUGUAUUUAGUUUAGAGUUUUUUGUGUUUUAACAUUUAUUUUUGUAUGCAAAACAUUCAUGUGUGAAAUGGAAGACAUUAUAAUGUAUUUCAAAGCUUUUGAAA